CUUCGUCCUUCCCGUCUAACUUAGAAGUUUUAUAAAAAAAAAUUUCGUUCCUUCAAAAUUUUGGUUGCAGCUCCACCGAUGGAAUAUGUGCCACCGCAUCAAGCAGGACUACAGUGGCAACAGCUACCUGGGCCUCCACUUGGGCACCCAACUCUUCCGCGCCCUGAUCCUCGACUCCAAAUUGAACGUUACCUAUGUGGCGCAGAUCCGCUAUGACGUUGAUCUCCCAGAGUUCAAGACAACGAAUGGAAUACUAUCAGAUGGCGGUCCUGGCGAGUUCCUGGCCAAUCCGGUAAUGUGGGUAAAGGCACUGGACAUGCUGAUGGACUGUUUAGUGAAACAGGGAGCGGAUAUGCACACGGUGGUCUCUAUUGCCGGAGCUGCUCAGCAGCACGGUUGCGUCUUCUGGUCGGAGUUGGGCUUGAGGCGUCUAUGCAAUUUGAACGUUAACCUGCGGCUCCACGAGCAGAUCACGGAGAGCGCCUUCGAAUUGACCAGAACGCCUACUUGGCGGGAUAGCUCGACGGACGUGCAGGUCCGUGAAAUGGAGCACACCGUCGGGGGUCCCGCUGAACUGUCGAAAAUAACGGGCUCCAGAGCGUACACCAGAUUCACGGGUCCCCAAAUACGGAAAGUGUAUACCCAGUGCCCGGAGCAGUACGAGAGAACUUCCAGGAUUUCGCUGAUCAGCAGCUUUUUGGCCUCUCUCCUUAUCGGAGGCAUUGCCUCCAUAGACUACAGCGAUGGCUCGGGGAUGAACCUGCUCGACAUCCGGAAAAAGAAGUGGUCUGCAGCGUGCCUAGACGCCUGUGCUCCUGACCUUGCCAGGCGUUUGAUGAAGCCCAUUCCCUCGUCCCGGCUGCAAGGACGCAUCGGGGACUACUACGUGAAACGCUGGAACUUCAGGCCGGACUGCAUGGUGGUCGCUUCCACCGGGAGCAAAGCCUCGGAACUGGCAGGGCUACUGGUAGAGAAUGACUUUCUCAUGCUCAGUCUGGAUACAAGUGAUGUGGUAGUGAUGCCUCUAAAGAAAGCUCCGCGGCUGGAGGACGGCCACGUGAUGUGCCAUCCGACAAGAAGGGACGAAUACAUGGGCCUCCUAUGCUUCCAAAACGGAGGAUUGACGCGAAAAGCCAUCUGUGAGGAUGUCGCCGGCGGCAGUUGGAGGCACUUCUACGAAAUGCUAGACGCCACGCCAUCGGGCAACAAUGGCAAUGUAGCUGUGCACUUCCGGGACCGGGAGAUUAUACCCACUGCCAAGGGCACUCUGCGCUGGGAUGCGCACAUAAGCCCGAUGUCGGCGGAGUGCAUACGUGGCCUACACCGCUUCUCCACACCGGAGAUUGAGGUUCGGGCUCUAAUCGAGGGUCAGAUCAUGCACCACUGGUCCAUUGCCCACGAGAUGGGCUUCCACCACACACCGAACACAAAGAUAAUUGUGGUGGGUGAGGACUCCAGGUGUCAAAGUGUCCUGCAGAUCGUGGCGGACAUAUUCAAUGCUCCUGUUUACCAGCGAACCGGUGUCGAGGUCAGCCUUUUAGGAUGCGCCUUUCGUGCCAGGUACGCCUUCUACGAACACCGAGAGUCCGCCUGCAAUUGCCAUUCCUGCAUGAUGCCCACGGGCCGUAGGACGAGACUCAGCUUCGACGAGUUUUUCAGGGACGUGCCUUCCGGCUUGAAACUGGCUGCGGAACCAACACCUGGCUGCGAUAAGAUCUACAAGCCCCUGAUCGAACGAUGCUCCCAAAUUUGCCAGCUGCUGGCCUCCAAAUCUAGUGUGUACUUUUUCCACCCAAAUGUAUAAACUUCAAUAAGAUAGUUUCCAUGUUCCUUUCUUUCUACGUUUCUAGGAAAAUCAGUAAAGUAACCUAUAUUUAACUAAAGAGUGAUCAAUUACUAAGUCAAGGAGGUCGACGGAAUGGGCCUAGAAAUCCGCAUCCCAGCCGGAGAGCUCGUCCGGUGGCUCGUUCAAAUCGCACGGAAAGCGGUCGAAGUAGCGAACAUCCGUCGGAUGGGCGAUGGGUCUCACGAAGGGCGGAAUCAGCAGCUGGCUGGCCAAGCCGUCCCAGUCGAAUCCCAGGAACCACCUAAGUCUGGUAGCCGAGGCGCUCCGAUGGAACAUCGCGGCACAGUCGCUUGAUGAGCUGCACGGCCCAGCGGGAGAUGUGCUUGGGAAAGGCUAUCAUGUCAAUGCCCUUCAGGAUGAGAUUGUACGUCUGCAUGGGAUCUGGAGCACUGAACGGUGGCCUACAAGCGAAAAACAACCAUUAUUUGGGGGAGUUCAAAAAAAUCAAGAGGUGGUGUCAGUUACGUACGUUCCGUUGAGCAGUUCAUGAAUGAGAAUGCCCAAAGCCCAGUAGUCUACGGCUCGAUCGUGACCCUUGUUCAGGAUGAUCUCGGGUGCCACGUACUCCGGGGUGCCGCAGAAGGUCCACGUCUUAGAGCUCGUUCCGAUCUGCUUGGCAAAGCCGAAGUCCACGAUCUUGACGUAGCCGCGCUCAUCAAGCAUCAGGUUCUCCGGCUUAAGGUCUCUAUAGAUGAUCCCGCGGGCAUGCAAGUAUUCAAACGCCUGCAGCACACACCCGAUGAUGAACUGCGCCGCGUUGUCCUCGAAGGAUCCGCGAUCCCGGAGCAUCGUCCAUAUCUCCCCACCCAUGCAGGCCUCGAGCAGCAUAUACACGUACUUCUCGUCACGGAAGGUGCGAUACAAACGGCAGAUGAAGGGCGAUCUCGAACUGAGCAUGAUAUGACGUUCACUGAAGAUGUGCUCCUCCUGUUUGGUGUCCACAAUAUGUCGCUUCUUGAGGCACUUUAGGGCAAAGAUAUCCACGCGAUCCUGAUGGUGGGCCUUGACCAGCUCCACCCGACCAAAGCCUCCGAUGCCAAGAGUGCUGACCACCUCGAGGUCCGUGAGCUUGAGAUCGGGGAACUCCUGCUGCAGCUGCUCCUUCGGCUCAUCCCGGCAGCUUUCUUGCGCCUGCUUCAUGGCUAGCUUCCUGCUCUCAUCGCCGUAGUCCUUCUCCUUCAGCUCGCAUAGAUCCCCAAUUAGCCGCUUGAAGGAAUCCCUGUCCAGGGUCAAGCACUCAACUCCUGGUGACAGUGCGAUGAUGUUGGCCGUUCGCUUAUCCUCGUUGAUCAGCGCCUGCUCUCCAAAAUAGUCUCCCCUGGAUAGCGUUCGCAACUCCGUUUCCUCCGGGGAGGUGGGAGUUAGUUUUUGGGUCACUCGGACAUUGCCCUGUGAGAUCAAGAAGAAACUGUCCCCGGCGGUUCCUUGGCGGAUGAUGUAGGUGCCAGCGGCGUAGAACUCCAGCUCCAGAACGUCUGCUAUCUUGGCCAGCAGCUCCUCACUAAGGUUCAUCAGCAGAGGCACGGAUCUCAGGAAGUUCACGCUGUUUUCGAUUCGCUGGAGGCCCGUGCACAUCAUAAUCUGCUGAAAGACCCGUCUGUCCAGCACCCAUACCCUCGCGGCCUCACUUAGGACUCGAAUGGAGGCCGUUCUGGUGCAGUUGUAGAGGAUAGCCAGCUCCCCAAACGCCUUUCCCGCCCCCAUCUUGUCCAGCACCUUGCCCUGCUGCAUCACCGCAAACUCGCCGGCGGCGGAGACGUACAGAUGUGCGCCCACUUCACCCUCGCGGAUCACAAACUCGCCGGCUGCUAUGCUCUUGGAGUACAUUGAAUCUACCAGUUCCCGCACCUGCGAUGCGUCUAUGUUCUUUAGGAAGUCAUUGUCCAUAAUGGCGUCUUUGAUUUGCUGCUUAUCACUGGAAGGAUCAGGGUUGUGAGUUGCAGAGGUGUUGAAAAUGAAAGCUCAUAAGAAGACGUACCUGAAAUCCUUUUCGUAUUUUGGAAUCGGUAUGCUGUAGGAUUGCUGCAUGGACUGCACACAGCUCUCGGCGGAGACACCUUGUUUCUUGAUAGCAGCGGGCAUCGCCUUGGGUCGCACUUCAUCAGCAGAAGUUCGUCCAGAGGGGGAGGCGGAAGAUGUUGAUGCUAAUGGGGACAGCGGUCCCAGAGAAAGCGCCUCCAGGGCAAACUCCGGACUGGUGGGCAGCACCAUGCCGCAGGAGCUGCACAAAUGUGGAUUCUGAUUCCUACUUUCCUGCUCGCCACAUUGCUCUGGCAAGGAGUAGAGCUUCUUUUUGGCCUUCUCAUUUCGGGUGACGUUCAGGUUGUUGGUGGUCUGCUGGAGAACACUCUGAAAAACGAAGUAGGGGGGGGGGGUCAGAGGUUGGAGCAACAAUUGUGAUGCGUCGGUUAAUCAAUCCCCCGGCAAUUGGCGGACAAUCAAUCGAUGGAGGCGCGUGAUUCCCUCAACACCCGAGCCCAACUCAAUUAGGUGACCCACUGCGGACGGCAUUC